AUGAACAGUGAUGGUGACAAACAAUCAAAAGUUGUCCGUUACUUUAGCUCUACAGUGAAACAAGUUCUUCAGUUUGAUGAUAAAUGUAAACGCCUGUAUUUAUCUGGUAGAUUCAUUACUGAGAACAAGAACCUGGAUAUCUGUGUGUCUGACCAAGGAGCUAAUGCAGUAGUGGUGGUCAGUCAAGCUGGGAAAUUGAGAUUCAGAUACACUGGUCAUACUCCUGCUCUAAAGGUCGAACAAUUUAAUCCAGUGGGAAUCACCACAGACAAUCAGAGAAAUAUCCUUACAACUGAUUAUUACAAUGACUGUGUCCACAUCAUAGACCACGAUGGACAGUUCCUCCGUUACAUAGACUGUGGACUGAGCCAACCCUUGGGGCUUUGUACCGAUGCAAAUGACAAUCUGUUUGUUGCUCAAUAUAGAAAAAGACAAGUGAAGAAAAUCAAGUAUAUGCAAUGA